AUGCAGCAAUCCUCUAUAAAAAAAUUACAAUGGAAAAGUAAAUUGAUUUUGAAUAAUAAUUUAGAGAUAUUAAUUAUUAACUAACUGAAUGAUUCACCGAAAAAUCGGUUAAUAUUAUUGAUUUAAAUAAACUCAAUAGAUUUAGUGAGUCUAAAUCCUAUAGAUUUUAAGUUGGCUCUAAGGAAAGCUUAAACUUGAAAAAUAGAAUUCAAGGAAAUGAAAUUUAGUAGCAUAAGAGACUUCACUAUAAUGAGACAUACAAAAAAAGUUGGAAUAAAAAUAGUAAAUUAAUCUUUAAAAGGAAAAU